GUAUUUUUUUUUCCUUGACAAAAAGAGCCAAUCUGUUUAAGUUUAAUAGGAUGAUGCCAUGCACUUCUAUAAAAUAGAUAAGUCUGCUUACCCUUCUUGGAAUACAAAAAUCUCAUUUUGAUUUUCUGUGUGACAAAACUCAUUCAACACAAUCCAAUCCAUGUGUUUCUGAUCAGUACUACUUUUGCAUUUGUUUGGUUAUAUCUUAAACUGAAAUCUGCUCAUUUCUUACUAUCUCUUUUGGGAAACUAUCUCAGUAUAAACAUUCCUUUAACAUAAGCCUCAGGCUUUAUCAACUUGUAUUAUAUAUCAUUGUUUUCACUCAAGGGUGUGCAGCUUGGAGAGGCAGCUACCAUGGAGAUUAACAAUGGCAAUGUGUUUGAGCUGAGAGUGAAGAGAGAGGAGCCAACUCUGGUUGUCCCUGCAGAGGAAACCGAAAAGGGUCUCUACUUCUUGUCGAAUCUUGAUCAGAACAUCGCGGUGAUUGUUCGAACUGUCUAUUGUUUCAAGCCAGAUGCUGAGAAGGAAAAUGACAAGGCAGGAGAAGUUAUAAGGAGUGCCUUGGAGAGAGUUUUGGUUCACUAUUACCCUCUUGCAGGGAGGCUUGAAAUCAGCUCAGAAGGGAAACUUAUCAUAAACUGUAGUGGGGAGGGAGCUGUUUUUGUUGAGGCUGAAGCAGAUUGUAUGAUGGAGGAGAUUGGAGAUGCCACUAAGCCUGACCCAGACACUCUUGGCAAGCUGGUCUAUGAUAUUCCUGGUGCAAAGAACAUACUAGAAAUGCCUCCUUUGGUGGCUCAGGUGACAAAAUUCAAGUGUGGAGGCUUUGCUUUAGGCCUUUGUUUAAACCAUUGUAUGGUUGAUGGAAUUGGUGCAAUGGAAUUUGUGAACUCAUGGGGUGAAACUGCUAGGGGGGUGCCCUUAACUGUCCUUCCAUCCCUAGACAGGACUAUUCUCAAAUCCAGAAACCCACCAAAGAUUGAAAAUCUUCACAGAGAAUUCUCCGAGAUUAAGGACAUUUCUUGCAGCACUGACCUUUAUGAAGAGAAAAUGCUAUACAGGUCCUUUUGUUUCGAUCCUGAAAUGCUUGAAAAUCUAAAGAUCAAAGCUAAGGAAAAUGGAGCUCUUGAAAAGUGUACUACAUUUGAAGCACUCUCAGCAUUCGUGUGGAAAGCUCGAACCAAGGCGCUGAGGCUGUUGCCAGAACAAGAGACAAAGCUUCUGUUUGCUGUUGAUGGAAGGCCAAAGUUCAGCCCACCACUUCCAAAAGGGUACUUUGGCAAUGGAAUUGUCCUAACAAAUUCUUUGUGUCAAGCUGGUGAACUCUUGGAGAAGCCGUUGUCAUUCGCGGUUGGGCUGGUUCAGGAUGCCAUUAAGAUGGUAACUGAUGGUUAUAUGAGAUCAGCCAUAGAUUAUUUCGAAGUAACAAGAGCAAGGCCUUCAUUGGCAUCAACACUCUUGAUCACUACCUGGUCUAGGCUGUCAUUUCACUCCACAGAUUUCGGUUGGGGAGAGCCUGUUUUAUCUGGGCCAGUGGCACUACCAGAGAAGGAGGUGAUCUUAUUCCUUUCACAUGGGAAAGAGAGGAAAAGCAUAAAUGUUCUUUUAGGCCUACCAGCUCCUGCCAUGAAGACAUUCCAAGAACUCAUGCUUUUCUAGAAAAGCUAUGAUUAUAAUCUUCACUGCUUUUUCUUCUAAAUCACUAUAUUCUGGGACUGUUGUUUUAGGAUAAUGAGAGAAAAAAAGCUUUGCAGAACUCAGUGUGCUUUAUAAAAUUAGUCAAAAUAGUGUGUGUGUGUUUGGAGUUUAAUGGUUCUUGUCUUAGUGUUUUAACUAGAAGAAACUAUUCAUUUUUUUCAAUUAAAUUUUUUUUCCUCUGAGCCCUCAGUCCUCUGUUAGAAUGAGUCUUGUCUGUAUUAUGAUUGAAAGAGUUUGGAUAUUAAUAAAAGAGUCUUAGAUUCA